AAGACAAAUGGUGUGUGGUCAUACUGAAUUGGGGGGCAAGAAAAACAUCGAUUCCGCUUCUAUGGAAUAGAGUAUUUUUUUUCGUUCGCCCUUAAAGUUAAAGUUAAGCGCAAGAGCGACUCUAUUCUCCGGGCACAGUCUACCCAACCGAAAUUCUGAAGUGUAUUCCUUUGGCUGGCAUUUAAUUCUUCCUUCCAAAGCUGCUUAUCGAAUAAGCAAACCAAGCAAUAAUACAAAAAAAUAAAAUAUUAAAAAAAAACCGAAAUUAAAAGAACACCACCACCAUAUAGCAUAUAAAAGCGAGCAGCGGAGUCGAAGAAAACGCAUAAAAUUCGACAAGUGAAGAAAACACAAUUCGGCGGCGUUUAGGUUCCUUUUUUUUUGUUGUUUUUUAUUUUUAUGUGAGUGUGUGCCAACAUAUCGCGUGUGUGCUGUUUUUUUUGGCGGUGCGGUGUUAUUGUUGUUGUUGCUCGAUCGCAUCCACCCGGCAUAUAUACUGGGAUAUAGUUCGAGGCAACAAGGACAAGCGAGAAAAAAAAAAAAUAAGAGAAAUUGAAAACCGGCAGUGAGAAACAAGCAAAUGGAGAUAAUCAAUAAACUGAGCGGCGCUUUUUGGAGCACGCAGAUCUGGCUGCCGCCGAAUACAACAUGGGCGGACAUAGCGCCCGGCUCCCGGCCGGAUGUGGUGCACGCCAACUACAAGGACCUCAUCUGGCCGAUACCGCUGGCCGCGGUGGUCAUGCUGGUCCGCUACACCCUAGAGCGUUUCUGGAUAUCGCCGAUCGGAAAAUCGCUGGGAAUACGUAGUUCCAGACCCAAGAAAGCCGCCAAUGUUCCUAUACUGGAGACAGUCUACGCCAAAUCGACGCGACUGGACAACAAAUUGCUGGCUCCGUUGGCGAAGCAAACAGACAUGUCCGAGCGCCAGAUCGAACGCUGGUGGCGACUCAGAAGGGCCCAGGACAAGCCCUCGACGCUGGUGAAGUUCUGCGAGAACACCUGGAGGUGCAUCUACUACCUGUACAGCUUCAUCUUCGGAGUGAUUGUGCUGUGGGACAAGCCCUGGUUCUGGGAUGUGAAGAGCUGUUGGUACGGCUAUCCCCAUCAGUCGAUAAGCAAUGAUAUCUGGUGGUACUAUAUGAUUUCGAUGUCCUUCUAUUGGUCGCUAACCGGCACCCAGUUCUUUGAUGUGAAACGCAAGGACUUCUGGCAGAUGUUCAUCCAUCACAUGGUCACCCUACUCCUGAUGUCGCUCAGUUGGGUCUGUAAUCUGCAUCGGGUUGGCUCCUUGGUCCUGGUUGUCCACGACUGUGCCGAUAUCUUCCUGGAGGCGGCCAAGCUAACCAAAUAUGCCAACUACCAGAAGCUGUGCGAUGCCAUUUUUGCCAUCUUCACGGUGGUAUGGAUUGUGACGCGACUGGGCUUCUAUCCUCGCAUCAUCUACAGCUCGUCUGUGGAGGCACCUCGCAUUCUGCCCAUGUUCCCAGCCUAUUACAUCUUCAACUCAUUGCUUCUGAUGCUCCUCGUCCUGCACGUCAUCUGGACAUAUAUGAUUCUCAAGAUAGUGGUUGACUCUCUGCAGAAGGGUCUGAUGUCCGGCGACAUUCGGUCCAGUGAUAGCGAGGAUCUCACAGAUAGCUCGGAGAAUGCCCGUCUAGCCAAUGGAUCGGCGCGUUCCAAGGGCAAGUCGAAUAGCGGAGCGGCAGGAGCAGCACCUGGCAAGGCAGACCCAACUACUGGUGGUGCUGCCAUCCAACGGAAAUCCCAUAACGCCAAUAAUCACACAACUGAAUCGGGUGGAGGAGCUGCGUCAGCGGCGUCCCAAUAGGCUGAGAGUCCGGAUGGAAGGAUGGAAAGGACGCACCCAGUUUCGGAGGAGGCACUACCAGCAACAACAACAACAGUAAACAAAACAACACACACACCUACACACACACACAUGCAUAACACACACACACACACACGCAUACAAAAACCAAACCAGUUCAGAACGUUUUUAUGUUAAUUAUUAUUUUUUAUAUAUUAAUUUUUUUUAAGAUUAAACAAACAAACGAAAAAAAAAACAAACAAAAAAUGAAAAACCAAAUUUCAAUAAAAGCGAUAAAAUUAAUGCGUAAAAUAA